AUGUCUAAAUGGAAACUUUUUCAUGAUGGCAUUGCAGCCAAAGCAAAUUUGGCUAGAAGGGGUAUUCAACUGAAGGAGGUUUGUGAUCACUGUGGGGUGGCCUCGGAGGACAGCCAUCAUCUCUUUAGUUCUGUAUUCUGGCAAAGGAAAUUUAGCGAGGAUGGUAAGCACAGUCACCGAUGUGCGUUGUUUAUUGCAAUUUUAUGGGGACUAUGGAAGUCAAGGAAUGAAAGAUGUUUCAAGAAUGCUAGGAGCACGAGAGCGCAAGUGAUGGAGCUUAUAAGUCUAGCGAUGAAAGACCACGAGACUUUCACACAGCAAGGACACUUGGCUAGGGAUGUGGAGACUAACAGUGGGAAUGACCCAAUCUUUCCUCCGGGGUUCAAUUACGUUCAUUUAGGUAAAGAGACGGAUGGGUUUGAUGAUUUCAUAGUAGAAGUGGAUGGGUCCUGGGAUAAGAAGACUACAAGAGCGAGCAUUGGUUGGGCGGUGAAAAGCAAUUCUCAAGGCCAUGAAUUGGAGGAAGGGGGGAAACAUGGAGCAGCAUCAUCGGUGCUCCAUUGCGAGGCUUGGGCUUGCCUUGAAGCAAUGAAAUGGGCCCAUGCCAAAGGUAAGCAAGGGAUUCUUAUCUUAUCCGAUUCAACCUCUCUUCUGGACAAUUUACAAGAUAAUCUAGGUAGAGAUAUUCUAAUAACCUGGAUUCUAAAAUAA